AUGGGCAAUAGCGCCAGCCGUGUCACGGCCCAAGACAAGGCGAUUCUCGACCUCAAGACGCAGCGCGACAAGCUGCACCAGUAUCAGAAGCGCGUGACGGUGCUGACGGACCGCGAGACGCAGAUUGCGCGGCAGAUGCUGGCGAGCGGCGACAAGAAGCGCGCGCUGCUGGCCCUGCGGCGCAAGAAGUACCAGGAGUCGCUACUGGCCAAGACGGACGCCCAGCUAGAGCAGCUCGAGAAGCUGACGUCGAGCGUCGAGUUCGCCCUGAUCCAGAAGGACGUCGUCUUCGGCCUGCAGCAGGGCACCAAGGUGUUGAAGGAGAUCCACGCCGAGAUGGGCGGCAUCGAGCACGUCGAGAAGCUGAUGGGCGAGACGGCCGACGCCAUUGCCUACCAGAGGGAAGUCAGCGAGAUGCUCGGCGGCCGCAUUUCCAACCAGGACGAAGACGAAGUCGAAGAGGAGCUCGCGGCGCUCGAGGCCGAAGUCACCGCCGAGCGCCGCACCGCCGCAGUGCAGCCGCUACCGAACGUGCCCAACACAGAGCUACCAGCAGCAGCAGCAGCAGCAGCAGCAGCAAUAGAAGCCAACACAGAGGAAGCGGAACACAGAGCCAGCGCGAAACAGCCGCCGCAGCGCCAGCCCGAGCGGCAAGCCAUGCUAGCCUAG